GGGAAGGAAGAAGAAGGAGAAGAAGAACAAGAAGAAGAAAAUGGCUGAAAGUAUGGCCAAUGCGGCUGAACAGUCAUCCGCUUCUGACACUGAACAAUUAAAACUCUCUGACUUAUUGGAGCGAGGCUGGAAGAUACUCGAGGAACUGGACAGUUCAAACGAACCGUUUGGCCCCAACACCGUACAUCGCAUUAAACGCGGUAUUAACAUGUUGGAUGCCGCGUCCAGGAUGGUCGUUCAGCUCGACCUGUUCAGCCGUAACGAAGAGGUGGAAGAGAUCGCCACUGCAGACCUGAAGUACCUGCUGCUCCCCGCCCUGCUGGGGGCCCUGCACAUGAAGCAGAGCAGCCCGCACAAACGACUGGAGACGGUGCAGACAGCUCGGGCUUACUUCAUGGAUUUUUUAAAGACGUGUCAUGACUACAACAUCUCACAGUUUGAGCUGCCGAAGGCAUCAAAUGAAAACGAUGUUUCCGAGGAAACAUCAGAGGGCGUAUUUUCAAAAAGCAAGUCUUUUUCUGCAGGUUCAUCAAAUUUGGUUGCCAUGGCAGCAAAGAGACAAGCGAAGAUUGAACUUUAUCGACAGAGAAAGGAACUGGAGACUAAACUGUCAGAUGUUCACAAAGUAGUGGACAGUGGACAGGCCGAUGACGAGGUCAGCAGAGAAUUUUACCUUCUGAAUGUCCAGAGAUGGAUCACUAUUUGUCUGGAGGAGAUGGAGGCCAUUGACCAGGAGGUGGAGAUACUGAAAAACAUGGAUGUUCUGAAGCAGAGUCCUGCUAACCAACCAGCGCAGCCUCCCAGAAAGCCCAUGAAACCCUUAAUCCUCUCUAGAGAUGCUUUACAGGCUCAAGUAUUCGGCGCUGGGUAUCCUAGCCUCCCCACCAUGACGGUGGAUGAUUGGUAUGAGCAACACAAAAAACACGGAGUCCUGCCUGAUCAGGGCAUGCCGAGCAAAGUUGCUGUGGAGGACGACACUGAUGUGCAGGCAAAUGAUGAAGAAAAAGAGGAAAAGGCUGAGAAUGAUGAUGAAGCUUCUUUGUUAAAAGCCAGAAACUGGGAUGAGUGGAAAGACGAUCACCGCCGAGGAUAUGGAAACCGCCACAACAUGGGCUAAUCCUUUCUUAACACUCUUAAUUUCAUGUUUGUAAUGUAAACAACAAAGUGGAUCUUCUUCACAUUAUAAGAAUGUCUCAAAAUUUGGAAUGGCCCUUAUGUUCUUUUAUUUGUAUUCUUCAGAAAAGAGUUGUUUGAAACAAUGAAUCAGGAUGAAUUAUUUAAACAUCCUCUCUGCUUUCUUCUUUCUUGCUUUCUUGAAACCAUGGCAUUUCAGUAAUGCCAUGGUUUUAAAGCUACAUGAUGGUUGUACAACUAAGCUUUUCCUCGUUUGUGAUUACAAAAUACAAAAAAUCCUGUUAGCCAAAGCAUGAACGUAUCGGCACCAUAACGCAUUUGUAAUAUAAAUGUUCUUGUCUAAAACUCAUCCUUGUGAUGUCACCAGAUCUGAACAUCUCACAAUGUCAGGUUAAAGAAAGCUUUCAAGUGAUUUCUUGUGUUGUGGUGUAUGCAGCUGCUGGAAUGGAAACUUCUAAUAAAAAUGCUGAGCUGGCUUUUGGUUAGCCCACAGAAACAACUGAAGGUCAUCAUCUGAACAUAGACACAUUAAAUAUUUUAUAGCAGUUUCAA